AAUGUAGAAACUAUCCCAAUGCACUCCUUUCUUAUCUCUUUCUUCCGCCAUUUUUUCCACGCGCCGCCAUUCUUUCUAUAUAUACGUACAAAUACGAAAACGCAUGCGUGUAAAUAUACGAUGUGUAAAUAAAAUUUACAUGUCUCAAUAACGCAACGGAACUAAUCUAGUCAACCACUCCUUCAAAACCAAUGUACGGAGGCUCCUCGAAGCUCGGCCGCGGAGGAGGCGGGGGCCGUGGGGGCGGAGGUCCUUGGAACCGCUCUUCAUUCCCUCGGCCGCCGCCACACCGCUCUUCUUCCGCUGCCCCAACUGGCCGACUUUCCAUCGGCUCCGCCUCUCGCAACCGUCCCGGUAUUGGGGGCGGUUUGGGACCUGCACCGGCUGUCGAAGAGAGCUUUUCGCUUGUUUCUGGGAACAAUCCAUUGGCUUUCGCUUUGAUCAUUAGGUUGGCGCCAGAUUUGGUGGAGGAGAUCAGGCGGCUUGAGGGUCAAGGAGGGACGGCCAGGAUUAAAUUUGAUUCAAUUCCGACUAACCCUAGUGGGAAUGUCAUUGAUGUUGGUGGGAAGGAGUUUAGGUUUACUUGGUCACGGGAAUUUGGUGAUCUGUGUGAUAUAUAUGAAGAAUGUCAAAGUGGUGAAGAAAGAAAUGGUUUGCUUGUUGAAUCUGGAUGUGCAUGGCGCAAGUUGAAUGUUCAACGUGUCUUGGAUGAGUCAACCACGAACCAUGUUAAGAUGCGGUCUGAGGAAGCUGAACGCAAGCAUAAAUCACGCAAAGCCAUUGUAUUAGACCAUGGAAACCCUUCUAUGAAGAGUCAAAUCAAGCAAUUGGCUGCUGCUGAGGCUAGUCCAUGGAAGUCCCAUUUUAUAAAGGAGUCUGCCUUUAAGAAGCGGAAAGUUGAGACACCUCAAGCUGUAGUUGGAGCCCCUCCAAAAUCUGGCUAUAAAUCAGGGUUUAUUUCAGCCGCUAGUGAGAAAGUAAGACGCUCAUCUUCGCCUUUACCGUCUCCACCUGAGCACUCUGGUGCUGCAGCAUCUCCUAUUGGAAUUGGAAAUAUCACCUUGAGUCAUGUAAGCGUUGAGGAUGUUAUGCCUCCCCAGGUGAACAGCAAAGAAAAUAUUUCCAACUCUGAGAAAGAAAUACCAACCAGUGCUCCUAGUGCAGUGUGUGAGAUGCCAGGGCGCAGAGGAAACUUUGGACCUAAGCCAAUGGACUUGCAGAGUCUACUGAUCUGUCUACUGAAGGAGAAUCCCAAGGGGAUGAGCUUAAAGGCCUUGGAGAAAGCUGUUGGGGAUACAAUCCCUAACUCUGCACGAAAGAUUGAGCCCAUUGUAAAAAAAAUUGCAAAUUUUCAAGCUCCAGGAAGAUAUUUCUUGAAACCAGGAGUGGAGUUUGAAAGCUCGAAGAAACCUUCGUCUGAAAGUGGAAGUUCACCUGAAGAUAACUGUCAUCAGACUCCAGCUCCUGAAGAAAACCAUGACCAGACACCUGCUUCAGUACCAAGCCUGGUGGAGAAAGUUACUCAUGAUGAAAUGGAGGAACAGACCCAUUUAGACUCUAAACUUGGGGUAGAAUCAAAUGUGUUAGAACAAAUUGACAUCCAACAACAUUCACCUGAUUUAGGUGGGGAGAGAAAAGCUUCUGACAAUAGUGAGGGGCCAGCAAAUAGUGUUAGUGACAGUGGCAGUGAUAGUGAUAGUGACAGUGACAGCAGUGAUAGUGGAAGUGACCGUGGAAGCCACAGCAGGAGUAGGAGCCCGGUAGCAAGUGGGAGCGGGAGUAGCAGUGACAGUGCAAGCGAUGCUUCUUCCAACAGCAAGGAAGGGUCUGAUGAGGAUGUGGAUAUAAUGACCAGUGAUGAUGACAAAGAGAUCAAACAGGGGUUACAGACCUCUCAACCAGGACUGUUGACAUCACCUAUGCUGUGGCAAACUGAACAUGGCAGGUCUCUGCAGAAUGGGAUGGAUGAAAAUCAAGAUGGUGAUGGAUCUGAUGCAGUUGAUAUUGAAGGUAAUGGAUCUGAUGCUGUUGAUAUUGAGGGUCAUGGAUCAGCUGCUUUUGACAUUGAGAAAGACUUGCCUGAAGAUGAACAGGAAAUUGGAAUGGCUGUCAACGCUAACAAAGAAGGUGAGAAACCUGAGGAAGGAGCAAAACCAUCUUCAUCUGAUCAUGAUGAACUCCAGGAGUGUGAAAAUUUCAUAGGAAAUCUCUUUGAUGACGCAGAAAAUAUCAAUAAGCAUGGCAUGAGGCAUGAACAAUCUGACAACUCUGAGAAGUUAUGCAAAGAUAAAUCCAAAAGAGGAUCUGAUCUGAAGCACUUUGAUGAGAAGUCUGAACGUUCUAAAAGAUUGAAGUCUGAAAGCACACGUCAACCACCUGCUUCUGGGAGUAGAGAUGCCAAUUUCUUUGGGAAUAUUCACAAUUUUUCUCCUAGUAGACCCAUAGACAAGCUUUACCAAAACUCUUCUGUUCUAAUGAUCAAUAAAGGUGACAGAGAAGAACAUUCUGAUUUUGGUUCUCAAAAGGGAUACAAUCAGGUGUUUCCCAUAAAAUCUAGUUCAGAUUUUCAUCAAUCUGGUUGUAGGUCAUCUGAUCAAGGCGCUUGUGCUAAACCUACUAAUAGAGCAGAAAGGCCUAUUAAACAUACUGAGAGCACAGGACAUGGUAGUAAGUUCUCUGAGAAGAAUGUGCAUGAAGGUUAUAUAAUCCAAAAAGAUAGGGACGCUCAAAAUGAGGAUGGUUUAAUGAAGGAAAAAAGGUUGCUGAGAAAUCCUAAGGAAGGUGGUGCUGGAGAUAACAAUGCUGUGCCCUCUGAUUUCCAUCACAGGAAACAUGGUGAAACUGUUGGAAAGUUCAAGGAUGCUGGUCAAAUUUCUAGCUCAUAUGUUAAUUCUUCCCCAAAGGAUAACAGCAGGGUUGCUGCAGAUAGAUUUCCAGCAAAUGGGAAAAGCAAUGUUCUCCACAGAGAGCUUUCACUCUUGGAGUUCGGUGAGAUUCGUGAGCCGUUGGUUGAGGGAACUUCAAUAAAGAAGCAAUUUGAGAGAAAAAGUUCCUUUAAACGGUCAGGCAGUAGGACAAGCACCUCAGAUAACUUUAAUCCUGAUCUAAACAGGGGCAAACCUGUUGGGAAGACAAAUUGGGAUUCAGGAAAGCCAUCUCCACCCAAUCUAAGCAGGCAUAAAACAGAACAUCAUGUUGAAGAUUUAACAAGAUUGCAUCAUAGGGUUGUUCAGUCGCAGCCACAACAUCUCUCAAGAUUAGAGCGACAAGAAGUUGUGUCCCAGUUUAAUAAAUUGACAGAUACUAGUAAAACCAGACAAACUGAAACUAGUGCCAAACUGGGAAUUGGCCUGGAUGAUUGUGGUGAAAGCCAUAAGAAGGCACCACAACAGCAGGAAUCGAAACGAGGAUCAGUGUCCCAGCUCAUAAAGGAAAGCAAAAUACCAACAUCUAAUAAAAUUGUGGAUGUGACUGAUGUGCAUAAGGAUACAGUUUUGACAGAUGGCAAUGUAAAUGGUCGAAAGAAAAUGGGGUCUUCUUCAGAUGAAGACUUUUGUCCUUAUGUUAAGUAUGAAAAAGAUGAGCCAGAGUGCAGGGGACCAAUUAAGGAUGCAUCUCAGUAUGAAGCAUAUAUGAAUGAGUUUUGUGAAAAAUAUGAAUCUUACAACGACUUGGACAAGACCCUUCAGACCUAUAGGAAUGACUUUGAAAAGCUAGGUAAGGACCUCAAAUAUUCGAAAGAUAGGGACAAGGAGAAAUAUUGUAAGACCUUGGAGCAAUUGCUGAAGUCUUAUCACCAGUGCGGACUGAGACAUAAAAGACUGAAGAAAAUAUUUGUUGUGCUCCAUCAUGAACUGAAGAACCUUAAGCAGAGGCUUCUAGAGUAUGCUGAGUCACAUUCAAUAGAUUGAUAGUGAAUUAUUUCAAAUUUCGUGUCCAACAGAUUGGACCCUCUUCUUUCAUACUAAGCUGCA